AUGGUCUCCAACUCCGCCCCGCAGGCUCCCGCUCCCGGCAGCUCCCGCGGCAGCUUGGAGCCUACGUGCCGCCCGCCUCCAACUCUCAUUGGUCCUGGAAGCCGCCCCUCCCCUGAGCCCACCAAUAGGCACGCCCAUUUCGCGCUCCCAGACGGACCGCAGCUCCCGCGCGUGCGCGCUCCGCCUCCCCGGCGCGGGCUGGCGGUGCCCACUGAGCCCAGCCGGGCACUGGCUACCCUGGAGGAAGCGGAGGCCGCGGGUCGGCUCGAGACGCCGCAGGACGAUGAGGACGAAGAGGAGGCGCUGCCGCACUCUGAGGCGGUGGACGUGUUCCAGGAAGGCCUCGCCAUGGUGGUGCAGGACCCGCUGCUCUGCGAUCUCCCGAUCCAAGUGACUUUGGAAGAGGUCAAUUCCCAAAUAGCACUAGAAUAUGGCCAAGCAAUGACAGUCCGGGUGUGCAAGAUGGAUGGAGAAGUGAUGCCUGUGGUUGUAGUGCAGAAUGCCACCGUCCUGGACUUGAAGAAGGCCAUCCAGAGAUAUGUACAGCUCAAGCAGGAGCGCGAAGGGGGCAUUCAGCACAUCAGCUGGUCCUACGUGUGGAGGACAUACCAUCUGACCUCUGCAGGAGAGAAGCUCACAGAGGACAGGAAGAAGCUCCGAGAUUAUGGUAUCCGGAAUCGGGAUGAGGUUUCCUUCAUCAAAAAGCUGAGGCAAAAGUAAACCUCCAGAUAAGGACGACUCUAUUCACUGGUGGUCGAGCUUUUUCCCAGGAGGAUGGUGCCCUCGAGUCAUGGUCCCUCUUUCACAGAAAGGAUGGUGAGGUGGCCUCAGCCCAGCUGUGUCCACCUGGAGCUGUCAGCAUGAACCCUGCAGCCCUCAGGACUAGGACUGGGUGCACCAGUGCUCCUUUCUUUCCUGUACGCUUGGCCUGAGCCUACCUCUCCCUGGGCCCAAAUACCCUGAUCACAUGGCCAGUCCCACAGGGCUAUGGGCCUGGCGCUGUGUACAGAAUAAACCUGUUUGGUUCUUACUU